ACUCGUGCCAAAAAUACCCAUUGCCUUCUUGUGCCAAGUGAGUAGCCCUUCUCCCUGACUUGGGAUAUUAAAUUCCCGGUGAAAAGAAAAAGAGAAUUGACUCUGCUGGUCCGUGAGCAGGUGAGGCAUCAUCACCAUCGAGAGUGGCAGAGAUCCGAGAAGGAGUGAGACAGUGGAAAAGUUGCUGGAGGGUUUUUAGGCGCUACUGAACAUACAUACUGGGCUUGCAGCUGCACUGCUGAUAUCUUGAGCAAGUCUGGGAGAAUGGUUGACAACAACAAGAAAAUCACCCGUGUUCUUUUUUGCGGGCCACAUUUCCCUGCUUCUCAGGAUUACACGAGAGAGUAUUUGAACGAUUACCCUUUUGUCCAGGUCGAAGAUGUACCCUUUGCUGAUGUGCCUGAUGUUAUCGAGAAGUAUGAUAUCUGUAUAGUGAAAAACAUGAAGUUAGACUUUAAUGUCCUCUCUCGUGCAAAAAAGAUGAAGCUUAUAAUGCAGUAUGGUGUUGGACUGGAAGGCGUUGAAAUUGAUGCUGCGACUAAGUUUGGAAUUAAAGUCGCUAGGAUUCCGAGUCAUGCAACUGGAAAUGCAGCCUCAUGUGCAGAAAUGGCCAUUUAUCUCAUGUUGGGCCUUCUCAGAAAGCAAAAUGAGAUGCAAAUUUCUAUAAAGCAGAGAAAGCUUGGAGACCCAAUUGGUGAAACACUACUUGGAAAAACAGUCUUCAUUUUAGGAUAUGGAAAUAUUGGAAUGGAGUUGGCAAAGCGCUUGAAACCAUUUGGUGUGAAAAUUAUUGCCACAAAACGGAAUUGGGACACUCAUUCAGAAGAUUCGUGUGAAUCAAAUGCGUUAGGUGACUUGGUUGACGAGAAGGGUCGUCAUGAAGAUAUCCAUUCAUUUGCAAGCAAUGCGGACAUUGUUGUUUGUUGUUUGUGUUUAAAUAGUGAAACAGUUGGCAUUGUAAACAAGUCAUUUAUAGCAUCGAUGAGAAAGGGUGCCCUUUUGGUAAAUAUUGCCCGAGGGGGUCUCCUGAACUAUGAAGCUGUUCUUUAUUACCUUGAGUCCGGACACUUAGGUGGCUUGGGCAUUGAUGUUGCUUGGACUGAGCCAUUUGAUCCUGAUGAUCCCAUUUUGAAGUUCAAUAAUGUUCUGAUCACACCUCAUGUUGCAGGAGUUACCGAGUAUGCUUACAGAUCCAUGUCAAAAAUAGUUGGUGAUGUUGCCAUUCAGCUUCAUGAAGGGAAGCCUUUGACAGGACUGGAGUUUGUCAACUGAUUCAGUUUAGAGAAUUGGCUUGUGACCUAGAUAAUUUGGGGUUAUUUAUCUAUUGUUACAGGGAGGACUUGUAUUUGUAAUUGGAGGGGUUUGUACCUUAAAAUAAUUACCUUUUGGUGAAAUAGACGAUGAAUAAGAUUAGGAAAACACACGUAUCGUACAUACAACUUUCAAAUUCAUAAUGAUUGAAAGUUGGAAGACUUUGAGAUAAUUGGAUUUGUAGACAUCAACUCCAAUUCCUACAUAAUGAUUUCAAUUGAUAUUUGCUCUUA